AUGUAUGGAAUAAAUCAGCGCUGUAUUUACAUAUCAUUUAAUUUUUUCGUGCUGUGGUGUCAUGCUCAGGGGGAGAAUCACCCGUCUCCUAAUUUUAACCAGUAUGUGAGGACGCAGGGCGCAGUGACGGACCAGCUCAGCCGCAGGCAGGUCAGGGUUUACCAGCUCUACAGCCGCACCAGCGGGAAACACGUCCAGAUUCAGGGCAAAAGGGUCACUGCCACAGCUGAGGAUGGAAAUAUUUACGCUCGUCUCUUUGUAGAAACGGAUACGUUUGGCAGUCGAGUGAGGAUAAGAGGAGCAGAAAGUGGCCGUUACCUCUGCAUGAACCGGAAGGGGAAGCUUGUCGGAAAACCCAAUGGCCGGAGCCGGGAUUGUAUCUUCACAGAGAUUGUGCUGGAGAACAAUUACACUGCCUUCCAGAAUGCCAAGUAUGAGGGCUGGUAUGUGGCUUUCACCAGGAAAGGGAGGCCCAUUAAAGCCUCCAGGACAAGGGAGAACCAGAGAGAGGUUCAUUUCAUAAAGAGGCUGCACAAAGGCCCGCCCCCCUUCCCCAACACGGACCAAACCAAACACUUUGAGUUCAUCCGAUUUACGGCCACCCGUCGAGCAAAGCGGAACAGGAAAUCACAAGCCUCUUCCUAA